AUGACUGAUCCUACCAAGAGAAAGAUGAAGAUGCCCGCGUGGCACUUGCCUUACCUAGAAAAACACAAUAUUUACAAGUUAUUUUAUGAGUUAGCUCGAGAAUUAGUGAUCCAGCAGCCGGACGAUCAUGUCUUUUUCAUGAAAUAUCUACUCACGAGCGCGGUGAAGAAUAUACACAUUCCGCACGUGAUUGUUUUGGGUUCGCCACGGAUUAAUCUCGUUGAGGUAGCCACACAGAUCAGUUAUCAUACGAAAUUGUUUUUAAUCACUCGCGAGAUGAUUGACAGUGUGUUGAAACUGGAUGAUCGGUCAACAGCAAAGCCUUCAGAUAUUAUUUUAGGCAUACAGAGUAUAAUGAAUUUGAACUCUGGUGCUAUCGCGCAGCAUGGAUGGAUAUUAGUCGAUUGUAUCACGACAAAACAAGAAGCUCAAAAGCUUCUGGACGUUGGAAUUUUACCCACGCACGUCCUUUAUUUAAUUUCCCCGUACAGCCCUAAGCUUACUGACCUUUUAUACUGCGAUGUCACCACAAAUUGGCCCACGUUUCGUCGAAACAUGUUUGACAUAGUCGAGGUGUACAAACAAAAACUGAUUGAGAUCUAUCUGGACGAUUCUGAUUUGGAGACGUUGGUCACAAAGUGUGUUGAGUUAAUUUGCAUUGAACAUAUUGAGAAAGGUCCAAAACAGCCGCGAAUUGUCUUGAUUGGCCCACGUGGUUGUGGAAGGAAGACUCAAGCAAAGUUACUCGCUGAAAAACUCAAAAUAAUCUAUAUCGAUUUCGAGUAUUUGCUGUGUCAGGAGUGGGUGUCCGAAUCUGAGCUGGGUAAACAACUGCGUUCCUGCGGUGACCGAGCGUGCUUCAACUCUGCUCUUUUGACACGCGUCCUAAACAAACGACUUCUAUCCAUCGAAUGCCUUCAGAUGGGCUGGGUACUCACCGGUUUUCCUUUUACUGAAAAAGACCUGAAGCACCUGGACUGUGUGGAGACGCCGCCCAAUCGCGUCGUGUUCCUCGAGUGUGACCUGAACGUGUGCCUGGAGCGACUUCUAAAGCGACAGAUCAACGUGUUCACCGGGAGUGUCACUCGGCUGGACGAGGCCGAUCCGGAUGUACUCACAUCAAAGCGCCUGCAGUAUCACCCGAAGGACAAAGCUGAUCUGAUUAAUGCGGAGUUGCAAUUCUACUGUACACAAUACGGUGCGUUGCGUAAGUAUUGUGGGGGGACGGCGGCUGUCGUCAACGCUGAUCAACCCGAGCGUUGGGUGUAUGAGAAUAUCCUUGCUGCGGUCAUGCGGGACCUACCUAUCGUUACGCCCCGCGACCCAUUUGCCCCUGGGCCGGCGACCAAAGCCGAGAUUACAGCGGCGAUGCCCUACAAAGUUUUCACUCACGACUAAUCAAAUGUUUCAAUACUUACACGAUGCAAUAUUAAUUUUGAUGGUGUUGACUUUGUGUAAGUAGAACAGCUUUCCAUCGUACAAAAUUUGUAAUAAUUAGCGUGAAACUUACUUCACAAACGUAUAGUGUGCAAGCACCAAACAAUAACCAAGUUUCAAAGCUGCACAUUAUUCAAACACAAUAUAGGAAUCUAACAAGUAUCAUAUA